CCCGGAGAUGCCGCACGAGGAGGGGCUGCAAACGCAGCCGGCGGGGAUCUGAGGGGGAAAGAGCCAGCCUGGGCCGGGAAGGCGGCCGGAGAUGGAGCCAGAGCUCGGAGCUGGUGCUCCAUGAGCAGCUCCAUGAUGGGUAGAAGCCCCACACGUGCAUGGAGUGUGGGAAGAGCUUCAGUGUGAGGUCCAGCCUGAUCAGGCACCAGAGGAUCCACACUGGGGAGAGGCCGUACAAGUGCUCCGAGUGUGGGAUGUGCUUCAGCCAGAGCUCCAGUCUGAUCACGCACCAGAGGACCCACACUGGGGAGAGGCCCUAUGAGUGUUCCAAGUGUGGGAAGGGGUUUAGGACCAGCUCCCAUCUCCUCCGGCACUAUCAGAGUCACAGAGAGGAGAGGCCCUUCCAAUGCCCUGACUGUGGGAAAGGAUUCCUGUGCAACUCCCACCUCAUCACCCACCGGCGCAUCCACACUGGGGAGAGGCGCUAUGAGUGUGAUAAAUGCAGGAAGAGGUUUCAUAACAGCUCCUAUCUCCUCCAGCACUAUAGGAUUCACACAGAGGAGAGGCCCUUCCGCUGCCCCGACUGUGGGAAGGGAUUCAAGCGCAACUCCACCCUCAUCAGGCACCAGCGCAUCCACACAGGGGAGAGGCCCUACGAGUGUCCCCAGUGUGGGAAGAGCUUCUCCAGGAGCUCUAACUUGACCCGACACCAACGGAGGCACUGCUAAGGGGAGCCCUGCGAGUGCCCCGAGUGCAGGCAGAGCUUCGUGCGCUGCUCCAGCUCCAUCCCCCACUGGAGGAGACACUUUGGGCGCAGCCCUGGUCACUGACAUUCCCUGUGAUCCAUGUUGGGAACACACCUGGCUGCAUAGACUUUUGGUUUGGCCUUUAUUUUCCUCUGCUUCACCUUCAUCCUUUAAAAAUACCCAAAACUGGUUUAAAUGAAGGAAAUUGAUCGAAUAUAUCUGCAGUUCCAUAAUUGCUGAGUUGUUUUAGAGGGAAUUUAGUUUUUGGGGACACGUUCUGUGUGGAGUGCUGCUGUUGCUAAGAGGCAGGAAUUUGAUCUCACCCUUCUUGUGUUGCUAAGAACUCCUCCCCUGACCCAAACCCCAACUCCACGCUUGGGAUACCCUAU